AUGGUUCCAGUUAAACUCCUCAUUCUGGGAGCUCAGAACACUGGAAAAACAGCGCUGUGCGUCCGCUUCAUAACAAAACGCUUCAUUGGAGAAUACGACCAUAAAAAGGAGGUGACCUACAGAUGUAGUCGGGUGGUGGACCAGGAGACUGUGGACCUGGAGAUUUUGGACGUAGCUUGUAAGGACAGCACUGUGGCUUCUCUGGAGUCGUCUAUCCGCUGGGCUGACGGUUUCCUGCUGCUCUACUCCAUCACACAGCGCCUCAGCUUCCUGGAGGUCCCGCGCCUCAAGAAACUCAUCGAACAAACCAAACAGAGCCUGGUCGUUCCUACAGUGCUAGUAGCCAACAAGGCUGAUUUGGAAAUAGGACGGGAGGUGACAGCAGAGGAGGGACAGCGAAUGGCCAAGGAUUUAAGGUGUGGAUUCAGGGAACUGUCAGUGGCCGAAGCCAUUUCAGCUGUGGAGGCAGCAGUGUUUCAACUCAUCAGGCUGGUGGUGGAUCAGCAGCAGCCUCUGCCUGACAGGCGCUCCUACAUGCUGACGGUUCGCCACGCUCUGACCAGGAAACUGACGCGAUCCAAGACCAUGCAGUGGUGACCACAGCAGACA